AUGUCCAGUCAUCAUGCACAUCCUUCGCUUACUCACUCAAUCACAGUCACUGUGGGACCAAGUGGUGUGAAUAUCUCAUCUGCUCCAGUGCACAUGCAUAAUGCUACUGCUUCUCACUCUGGAAGUAUUCAUGCUUCUAUGGGAGCUUCUAUGAAUGGUUCCAUAGUAGCUGCUAGUAUGAAUGUCUCUGAAGUUGUCUCUGCGAUUUCCUCUCAAAUAGCAAGUCUGAAUGCUUCUCAAGGAGAGAGCCUGAGUGCUUCUCAAGUAGCAACUGUAAUUUCCUCUCUGGUUGCCUCCCAAGCAGCAAGUCUGUCUUCUUCUGAAGCGGCGAGUAUAUUUUCCUCUCAGAUAGCUAGCCUGAGUGCUUCUCAAGUAGCAACUGUAAUUUCCUCUCUGGUUGCCUCUGAAGCAGCAAGUAUAUUUUCCUCUCAGAUUGCUAGUCUGGUUUCUUCUCAAGGAGUGAGUCUGGCUAGCUCUCAAGCAGUGAGUAUAAUUUCCUCUGAAAACGCAGGCGCAAGUCUCAAUGCCUCCCAUGCCACCAUGUCAUGGUCUGCGGUACAGACUUCAGCUUUUGGCACCAUGGUUGCCUCAAUCAAUCCAAGUUCACUCAGCCAUUUUCCCUCAAGCAGUCCUGCAGUAGUUGGUCCACCAUGGUGGUCAAGCUAUAACCUAAGUGAAUCCAUGGAGAGUUGGCUCAGUUUUAUUAAGAACAACAGCAUGUGUGGCCAUGGUAAGAAAUUCUGUGGAUUAAAUCUUCAAUGUAUUCCUGAAGAUCAGCCAUGCACUGUUUAUCUCUCUAAUGAUGCAGUGAAAAACUUGAGUAACACAGCUUGGUGUGUUAAUUGUUCAUCAGAAGAAUAUUUCUGUCCAUUGUUCAUGCAGUGUAUCAAUGUUAAUGAAAGCUGUUCUUAUGAGAAUGUGGAUAAAUGGAUCAAUUCUAAUGCCAGUACGGGGCUAACUGAUUUGGCCUGUGGGGAGAACAAGACAUUCUCUUUCGCAACUAUGGAGUGUAUUCCGGCGAAUUAUCACCAUCAUGGACAUGAAUGUGGACAUGGUGAAGUGUUCUGUCCUUAUAGUGCAUCCUGCAAGAAUAAAACCGACUGUGCUCCUUUCCGAGAACUGAAUUACACUGAAGCUCUCAAGAAUGAUUCUUUUGGUAAGGAUGAUAAUAUAUUUUGAACCCCAUUGGUUGUCAGGUUUUAAACUCCAAUUUAAUUCAGGAAUGAGAAAAAUCAUUAGGCAACCAUUCAUCAACAAAUUUAGAAAAGAACUGGGAAAUACAUAGAUUAUAACUGGGGAAACAAAAACGGAGCCUCAAAAUUUAAUUAUCUUUUGAUGAAAGUGAUUACCUCUUUACUUUCUCAUUCACUGUACUUUUCAACUUUUAUCAAGGCGGCUUUUUCAUGAAACCAGUAACUCUUGAGAAUUUACCUUUUAUCCUUGACAACCUAACAUCAGUAUCCAUAUUCUUGAUACUCUUCUCCAUACAAUUCCUUGGGUGCUGACAGGGAGAAUUUGAUGAGCAAUCAAAGUUUCUUAAGUUGAUGAUCAUUUCCUAAAUAUCUGCAUGAUCCUUUAAAAAAAUGAUCCAGCAGUAUUAAUAUGAGGAGAAAUUACAAAUGCUGGUCAUUCUAAGGGUUUAAAGGGUUGGUGAGAGAGGCAAGUCAGUUUUCAUGCUCAUGUGUUGGUCAACACUACUGUCUCUGUAAAGGAAGUAAUGUUGAUGGUCUAAGAAUGCAAAAGAUAGGGCAGAAUAAGUUUCUGUUCCUAGUACAUUGAAGAAAAAAAAGCAUAAUAGGGACCAGUUUACACAUGCAAACUUCUAUGGAGCUGACAUUUCAUUUCCAUUUACGUGAGCAAGAACCUGUCUAGAUUUGCUAGACGUCAUGGAAAAUGCACUAAAUAUUUAGGGAACUGUUUUGAAAAUAUUGGAGUAUACAGAAUUGUCUGAUACCUUCUUUUCCUCUUUAGGCUGGGUUCGAAUGUGCCAAAUCAGAAAUCUGGUUUGUCCAAGGGUUGCUGUUGCUUUGGAGGAUUGUGACCAUGACAAGAAAAAAUGCAAUUCGUAAGUAAUGACAAAUGUAUCAGAGAAAGAUGUUUUUCAUCUUGUCAUGAACAUGGGACAAAGAAAAAAUUGGGUCUCCAUGUAUCAGUCAAUCAGUCUUAUGAGAUGGAUUUUUAAUGCAGUUAAAUACAAUUUACAGAGUGACAACAACAAAAAGCAUCAGUGUUCUCCAGUAGUCAGUGGUUUAGUGAGGACACUGAUCUGAAUUGAGCUAAAAUAAACUAUUUAGUGAGUAAUUAUCAAUUCAAUAAGGCAAAUCAUGUGUAUAUAAUAGUGCAAGAUAUUUCAAAGAGUACUAAACAUUGAAAAGAAACAAAAACUGAUACAGCAUAUUAAAAUCAUGACCAGAACAUCCUACAACUAAAUAAGUGGAGAUGAAUUUGAAAGUGAUGACGUGGAGUUGUAAAAACAACACAGUGGUCAAAUGGACAGAGGGAUAACUUCUGUCUGCCUGGGUGAAAAUUUCCUUGAAAAAAAUUUGCUCGCAAUGUGAGAAAAGGAGAAUUGAAACUUUUGUAAAAAUUUGUUAAAGAAAACAAAAGUAAGGGAAAGGAAAACUCAAGACUUUUUGAGCUUAUUCAAGUACAGUUAUUCUCAGUUAUUCUAUUGAUUUACUAUUCUGCUGUGAGCUUUACCAAGGCAGUUGUACACUUUGAAAACACUGUGACUUACUGGCUUGUGUGGUUGUUUGUAACUUGAGUGAAUCAACUUGGUUUUGACAGCUUGAAAGUACUCACCCUGGUCAUUACAAUGUUUGCACAAACCACAGACAUUUGAUUGCUGUAUUCAUAGAGAAAAAUGAUUUUCAUUCCUUUGACUGGAAAAGUUUAAUAGGUAGAUAAAUGUUUUAUGUGCAUUAAUGGAUCAAAUGCAAGUAUGCAACUGCAAGGAGAUUUGAAUACUGGUAUUACCUCGGUUAUCUCACCUUGGUUAUGUGUUCGAUUAUUUUCUUCAGGAGCUGUCCUGAGGGAAAGAAGGUCUGCAAUGAUCACCACUGCAUCCCUGAAGAUCAGAAAUGCUGCCCUGUGGGUGAAAUAUUUUGUAAUCAAAGUGACUCAUGCUUGCCAAAUGGAACUAUGUGUUGUCCAAUAGGUAAAGUCUGUUUUGAAGUUAUUACUUUGAUUUCCAAAGGCUUUACAGGCCUAAUUCCCCCUUACCAACCUAUGAGAUAUCUUGUUGGGUUCAAUCAGUUGUGUUCUAAUGGAUUACAUAUUCACAUUACUUCAGUCUUUUCUCACAUGGAUGUGUUUAAAUAUGAAAAUUAUGUUGAACCUGGUAAAGAUUUAAGCAAUAUUGAUGAUCCAUUUAAACAUUUUGCUUCAAAAAUUACAUCUAUCAGGCCUUGAAAACUGAAAAUAAAAUUGUGGUUAGUCAACAGGUUGGCCAAGUAGCUCAGCAUUUAACCUGUUGCACUUCCAAGAUUUACAGUGUAAAUCAAUUCUUGCCACUGUCUGCCAUACCUUUCUCACUGUUUUCCAAGAAUUUGACCUUAUACCAAACAAUACUUUAUGGUUGAUAUUUUUCUCUUUUCCCAUUUUCUGCUAGAAAAUGCAGAUAUUGUAAGGAGAGAUUAGGUGUUGGUCACUCUUAGGAGCCAAAGGGUAAAGGAGACUGGUACACCCUGUUAGCCAUGGGACUACAACAUCUUCUAGUAGCUUAAAAUAACACUGAAUUUAUUUUCUAUUUUAACAGGCCAACAAUAUUGCCAGUACACUCAGGACUGUGCUGAACCAUCAAAUUGUCUACCUCCAAUUGCCAAUCUUACCUUUCCAACAGUGUGGGAAUAUCUUCAGCUUGGUGCUGAUUUGAGCAAAGGAAUUUUUGAACAAAGUGACAAUGCUGUAGCACUUCGCAGUCUAAAGACACAUGGAGUAAAUGGAUCCUUGGAGUUUUAUAGCAAUAGCCAAUGGACUGCUGUCAGAGCCCUCACCCCAUCUAAUGCUCUGGUGUUGGGUAAAACAAGUUACCUGAGGUAAUAAUAAGAGAUUAAUCAAUCUCUUGAACAUUUAUCUUUUAAUUUUUUCCCAAUUAAGUCUUGAUGUGCACAGUUUAAUUUGGGAAGAUAGUGGCAAGAAACUUUGAGAGUGAAAUGGAAAAUUGAGCACUAAGGAAAAAGGAAUAGAUAUCUUGUUGUGCAUGUAGUAGAAAAAUUCCCUUGUCUGAGAAUUCCUUUGCAAAUGACUUUUAUGAUGAUUCCUGCUCAGGUGGUAAAAACAUCAGUCACUCCUAAAACAAUUUACAAUUGAAUGUCAAAAGUGAAGCAGGAUUGCUUUGUUUUUGCUUUACAUUGACCUGUGACUGGUCCAGAAAACAUGUACCUCCCUUUCAACCAAUCAAAUGCAAAACUUAAAAACCAAAUAAAACUUACCCUCACUUGUGCUUUUCCUGCCCUCUAGGCACUUGGCUCAUAAAAGUAUUUUCCUUUUUUCUGACUGGCCGUUGAGAUAACUCUGGUUUUGGUUAUAUGAUACUCAAGUGAAAAGUGCCUUUUGGAUAACAGUUCUUUGAAGGACAACUUGGACGAUUAGAUAUACCACUGAAUCUCUAGUUUGGAUAUUGUUGAAUUGAGAAGGCUAUGCAUGGGAAAGAGAAGAAUCUAGACUAAGAAAGAUAGCCAGACAUUCCUUAAAAUGAGUUUUUUGUCAAUGCAUUCACUCAUUGGUUCAUAUGUGUUCCUUUUGUUAGAUUUGUCCCAACAAAAAAAGGAUCUCAUGGAAUCGUGCUGGUCAACUUUACUGCUUACAGUGAUUCUUCCAAAGUUGGUCAAUAUAUGGAUGCAUCAUCUAAGCAAUGGACACAGGGAAAGACUAUUGCCAUUUUUGUAUUACCAUCUGUAGUGCCCCCACAAAUGGUGUAUAAUGGCUCCCAUUAUACUGUAGAUGAGGAUAGCAAGGGUGAAAAGGGUUUUGAUGUAAGUAAAAAGCUUUAAAACCACACGUUGACAAAAAGAGAGAGGGAAACUAAAUGAAAUUAUGUUAAGUUAAAUUAAGUAAAUUAAUAACAAGAAUUUCAUGUAAGAUCAAGAGAACCACUUCCCCCUGAUAAGUAUGAGUAUUCUCAUUACCUGCCGGCUGGAUAAUGUCUGAAUAUUAUAUGGAGAAAUUACAUGUUAAUCACAUCUGGGAGUUAAAGGGUAAAUAAUGGUGAAUUAUUCAUUAAGAUCAGUGGAAUAACAGAAGCUUUGAAGUGUUAACCAAUUCUCCUUGCCAGUGGCAAAGGAAACAUAAUAUUAUUAAAGAAUAUGGAGAAUGUGUAUAAUUAUAUUAGGGUGGAAAGUGAUUAGGGGCAUGGUCCCGCUAGAGUAGGACUGAAACAAUGGAAAGAAUUUCAGCAAGACUCAAGUCACCUUGUUCUUGUUUAUCAUUUGGAGAUGUAAUAAUUUCAUAAAUUGAUAUUUCCUUCUGUGUUAAUUCAUUCAUUUCUUAUUUGGGAAUAGAUAUGGGAUCACCUGUAUGACAGCUCUCCAAAAGGUGAUACUGAAAGUAACAUUCCUGAUGCCUUACUUGGAGAUGUGAACCGCAAAAUGGUUGAGCUUUACAAUGAGUUACUGGAGGAUGUUUCAUCUUUGGAAUUUGGGCUAAAAAUUAAAACCACAUCAGGUAAGUAAAGCUUUGAAAUGAACUAUGACCAAUAAUUGACAAUUAUUCUUUUAAAGUGAGAUCAAUGACCUGAAAUCCAAUCUUUAUCAAUAUUUAAAAAAAAAAACAGUUUUUAAAAAAAUAAACCUUUUGAAAUGAUAAUGUUGAUGGUUUUAUCAUUAUCCUUACUAAUAUAUAUUAUUAUGGUUGUUUUUAUUAGUUUAUAAUAUUGCAAUGUUACCAUUGUUUUAUGCUUUGAUAAUACAAGUGUGUAAGUUAUCUCCUAAUUUUUUUAUUGCAAUUAUUCUAUUCUGUAGAAGAUAUAAAAUUUAAAGGAGGAGACACCAAAAGCUACCAUUCCAACAUGACUGAGAUCAAAUUUACUCCCAAGAAAGACUUUAAUGGUAAUGUAAAAAUUAGCAUGGAACCCUUUCUGGCCUCUCCAAAGAAGUCCUCUUUGGCUCUUUCUCGCUUUUUCUCCCACAAAGUUACAGAAGCUUUGCAUAUGACGACUGAUUUGAAGGUGGGUGAGGCAUGAUUUGUCUGGAGUAGAGAGGGAAUAAACUCUUCCACUUUGUUAGCGCUAGUAGUGUAAAAAUCCACAUUUGUUUGCUUUUUGACAGGGAGAUUUACAGGGUUUGGGAAAGAAGGCACUUUUCAAGCUCAUUAAAGACAAUUCAAAGCCAUCUUCUGAAAGCAUCCUCACAGCUAUUAAGAAUUUAAAUGGUAUAACUUUGAAUUCCUCUGCUGAACAAGCCGUUUCUGCUCAUGUCAACCAGAUCAUCAAUUCAGGUAAGUUAACCCUUUACAUCCUAACAUCAGUAUGCAUAUUCUCCAUACUGUUCUCUAUACAUUUUCUAAGUUGCUGACUAGGAGAAUUUGUUAACAAUCAAGAGCCUCUUUAGUUAGUGAUCAUUUCCUUUAUUCUUGUGACCAUAUUGUUUGGUUCUGGGCUUAUGCUGUGUGGGGAGUUAGAUGCUUGUCUCUCUGGGUUAAUCAAAACUGUUUUUCUUGAUUCCAUUGGCUAUUUGGAGCCAAAUCCUGAUAUUCACCGGGGACAACGUUACUCAUUUUUUAAGUUAUGGAUUCACCGUUUAAGAAUAAACGGGGUAUUCUAUUUGCUUUGGAAAAUGGUGUGAAAUCCUCACUUGACGUUGUUUUGCUUUCACAGCUAAGGGCCCAGAUGGGGACUCCUUUUCACACGUAAGUUCACUCAGAAUGCGAUGAUCACUUGAUUUAUAAGUCACAGUAAGUUUCCUUUGUUGACGUCCUGUUACCCCCUUUAACUCCCAAGAUUCCAAUUGGCAAUUCUCCCUUCUAGCUGCUACACAUUUCUGUGUAAAUUAGUCAGGAGAAUUCGGUGUUACAUCAAAAUUAUAACUUCUACCUGACGAGGUUGAGUAUUCUCAUUGCCUGUCUGCCUGAUAUUGUAUGGAUAUUACACGGAGAAGUUACGUCUGAUCACUUCUGGGAGUUAAAGGGUCAAUGGAAUCUUACAAUUACAAUGUUGUUGAGAAUUUAUUGCCACCUAUAGCAGUUACAACCAAUUACGAAUUGAUUGAGUGAGUGAUGUAAGAAUUUGGAUUUGCCUGUAAAUUAUUUCUAUUGUUAGAAUUUUAAUAGACUGGCGCUUUUUAUUCUACUUCUACCAGAUUUCAGCUGAUAAGAUCAUCGAGGUUGAUCAAAAUGGAGAAGUUCUGUUUUAUGGUAAUUUGACUGUGAUUACCAUAACUGUAACAUCAGUGAAUGACCCACCGGUAUUAAAGAAAACCAGGGGAGAACUGGAGCCGCUUCCGUACGAGCUGUCUGCAGGAUGGAAUGCUGGCACCUUUAUCAAAGAUAUAUUUGACCAGUCCAAAACGGACCCCCUUGCGGAAGACAUUGACAACAGAACAAUGGAACUUGGAGCUGUCAUUCUGUCUGCAAAAAAUGGCUCUCUUGGACGCUGGCUGUACCAAAUGAAUAGCUCGGUGGCCUUUGAGUACUUUGCAUUUGACAAAGAUGCAGGGGAGGUGUUUCUUCUACCACCAACUGCCAGGUACAUGAAUACCUCCAACAUGGAAUUAAAUUUAAGUGGUUCAAUGAGAUCCAGGCAAAGCAAAAGUCAAGAUAAUGCCGACCAGUAGUCUCCUAGGGCUUUAGGGGUGAAGUAUUUUUACAGUGCUAUGUUUAGUGUCAAGCUGUCUUCGCUCAUUUUGUCUGUCUCAUGCACUGCUGAGUGUCGUUCCCUAACACUGGCGCCUGGUUAUCUCAGUUGUAGAGCGCUGGACUACUGUGCGGGAGGUGGAGGGUUUAAGCCUCAGACCGGACCAACACUCAAGGCCUUAAAAUAACUAAGGAUUAUGCUGCCUUUUAUGACAUUCGCAAAUGGUUGAACAUUCUAUUCUUCUCGGAUAAGGGCGAUAAACGAUAGGCCUCGUUCCGUGCUGAUUACAUGUAGCUACCGGUCUUGUUUUCUGAUCUUGAUUCCGAAAAUGGGGACGUGUGCAAACAUCUCCUUCAAAAAUUGUGAACUGCUCAAUGCAGUCUGGCCAAAGUCUCCUGCAUAGUGUUGUAAAGCGCCAUGAGCUAAUGGAUAUGGCGCUGUAGAGAUCUUUCAAAACACUAAAAUUACUCAAUUUGCAGAUAACCAAUUACAUAGUGAUCUGAAUCUUAACCUGAAGAUGGCGUGACUUGGUAUUUCUCUGUGUGUUGUGCUUACUCCCGUUUUACUUGACUUUGAUAUUUUAGGAUUAAGAUGGAACUAUACGACAACCAAACCAUUUGGAGCAGUUCAGAAGCGUUGAAAGGAGGAGCAGUGAUACAAGUCAGAGCGUGGGACAUGACCGAUGGAAAUGUACCUGGUCUUUUUAAUACAACAAUUUUAUCGGAGACAUCUGUUAGCAAGAAAUUGGUCAACCUUUUACUUCUACGGCGAGGUUGUGAUAACAAGACAGACUUCGCUGCCAAGAAAGAUCGAUGCGGAGUGUGCAGAGGGGAUGAUGAGUGCGUUGCAUGCGAUGGUGUACCUAAUUCGAAUGCUACAAUAAGUAAGUAUGUUUUACUAAUAAUUAUUGUAUUGUCAGACGCUGGUUGGUUUCAGAUACAUGAACUGAUUGUAACAGUUGCUGGCUUAUGCGUCAUUUUGACAAGGCAGCUUGCGGCAUACUUACAGGACAUAACUUUCCAUCUACAAAUUGAACGUUAUUGCUCUCUUGAUUUUUGUUCGAGAAGGUAGAAAACAAUGUUUUGACAAUUAUACCGAAGGCUAUGUAGAAGGUCAUAAGAAUUACUGGUAGUGUGUAACUAGCCUGAGGAAACCAGCAACUCUUUCCAACUCUCGAAGAGGUUAAAACGCAACCGGUACAUCUUGUGUUCAAGAAUUUUUAGGCAAUUUGUUACUAAAAUUGAUUACAAGUUCGGUGUCUUAAUUUAAGUUCGUUUUAUUCCUAGCUUAAAACGCAAACGGUAAAUCUUGUGUUCAAGAAUUUUUAGGCAAUUUGUUACUAACAUCAAUUACAAGUUGUCUUAAUUUUGGUUUAUUUUAUUCCCAGAUGAAUGCGGAGAAUGUGUUUUAGGCAAUACCAAGAAGGCUGCAAAUUACCUGGUUGACUGUGCAGGGCUGUGCGACUUAAGCAUUCAGAAUAAUGAUACUUGUGGCAAAUGUAUGUCUAAGGAUGACAUCAAAAACCUGAGAGAUUGUACAGGAUCAUGUUUUGGAAAAGCAGACAUCGACGAGUAAGUGUCAAGGAUAAGCACAUUUUGAGUUAACUGAGCUUGGCUAUAUCAAGUAACUUAGCCUUUCCAAGGGAGCACCAACUUAUUGUGGAUGAAUGAUUUGUGUCUCCACGACCCUCAGAGAUAAGUCGAUGGAAGUGUUGUACUUCUAAGUUAAGGCACCGGAGCUGAACAGGUCGAACGGUUAAGGCUCAGAUGAAUUAUGAUUCCAUGGAGGGUGGGCUGGAGGCUGAUAUCGAAUAGAAACAGAAGAUCACAGCCUUAAAUGCCUUUUGACAGACAGGAAGACAGAUAGUAAGACAGACAGACAGACAGACAGACAGAUGGACGGACAGACAGAUAGAUAGAUAGAUAGAUAGAUAGAUAGAUAGAUAGAUAGAUAGAUAGAUAGAUAGAUAGAUAGAUAGAUAGAUAGAUUUGUAUGGAAGACUCAAAGUGCUUUUGUUUCACUGUGUUGCAAGGUUGCCUUUUUUCGUUAUUGUAUAACUUUGGUUUACAGCAAGCAAACGUUUUGAAAGGAUCGUAAAAACCUCCAUAUUAGUUCAGGCUUGCUAUUUUAAUAAAAGGAUAUUAACAUUAAAUUUAUCCCUCUUGCGACUGCUACUCUUGCUAAAUCAAAGCCCCCAACUAACCCUAAAAAAAGCUUUCAAAGCAUUCAGUGUGAAUUUCAAGGGUGUGCCCUCUGUUGUAUUCUAGAUGCGGCAACUGUACUGGGGGGGCUUCAGGCCUGGCAAUCAACUUCCGCCAAGAUUCCUGUAGUGUCUGUGGAGGAGACAACUCGAGCUGUGUUGAUUGUCUCAGUGUACCCAACGGCGAUGCUGAAACCGAUGUAUGUGGAAAUUGCAAGAGUAAGAGUGAUUCUACAUUCAACACUGGCUGCCUAAAGUUUGGUUCCGUGGCUCCGGUUAGCGGACGAGCAGGAUCUCAGGUUCAGAUCACAGUUAAGGGGGCUGGUUUUAAGUCUUUGUCUCUCACCAGCUGUGAAUUCAAUCAUACAACUACGAGUCAAAAGUAAGAGCAACUCUUCGAUUGUCUCUUUUUUCUUCAGAGUUGUUAGACUAACUCUUGAUUUACACUCCUUUUUUGGAAGUUAAAGUUCUCAUUAUGUCACACUUUUUUUUUUUACAUAAACUUUAUUUAAGCUGAUAUGGAAUUUGUUUUAUUUUGCCCUUUUUUUACAAAAACUUGGCGAACCAAAUGAUAGAAGUCAGUACAAUAUAUACAUGGAUAAGUCGGUCAUUCGGAUUUCAAAAUUUAGCAAAUGUUAUUAAGGCCGCUAGAUUUAAAGGAAAAAAUCCAACAGCGUAUAGUCAAAGUUUUAGCGCAUGUGAUGUCAUGUCAACAAUUUGCGUUUUGCAUCACUCAGACUUCAAAAUAAUCGGUGUCCACAAUCAACAUACUUUUACAUUAUGCAGGGGGAAGCAAUUUUCGGUUUUGACACCCUCAUUUACUCGACUAUUUAGAAAACCCUUUUGAUAAGAAUGCGAUUACUGUUUGAAGCAACCUCUUACUGAGAGUCGAAAACAACCCGUUCAAUUCAUCUGCCUUAACUUUUACUUCACUGUGUUCUGUGAUUGGUCUAGAAAACUCAUUUCACCUCCUCGACCAAUAAUAUUCCAACUUAAAACCAAUCGCGAUUUUGGACAUAUUCUUAAGAUUGCUUUGCGUCCUCGUUGGCUUCCCGUUUUCCAAUUAUGGUUUUUGGCACCCAUCAAAAAGUGCUUCAACGUUCUAUUAAUAAUAAUAAUAUUAUUAUUCUAAUUAUCAUAAUUAUUAUUUUUAUCAUUUUCAGGUACGCUGCAUCACGUAGCGACCAUACUUCAAAUAAAAAUACACUGACCGUGACAGCACCGUCGACCUUGCCAACAGGCGUCUACACGGUCCUGUGCAGCUUCAGUGGCAACAUUAAAAUUGAAAGCGAGACCGCUGUGUUUACAGUGUACAACAGUUCAGUGAUUUCUCUGUCAAGUAUCUCCCCAAGCGAGACUGAAAUUAGCGACUCUGGCGCCACGAUUAACAUGACAAUUACUGGGACCAAUUUUGUCGACACUGGCUAUGUGGCUUGCGUUAGAGAGGGAGGCGCAAAGCUUGCGACUGGAGUUUUCGUGAGUUCCACAGAAGUUUAUUGUCCAAUUACCACUUUUAAAAAGUCUGCUCUUUUCAACGUCUCCUUGCAGUUUGGAAAGAAUGACCCUGCAGUUGAUUCCAGUGUCGAGUUUUCAUUUUAUGCCACCCAGCCGAGCGCAGCAUCACUAGCUUUUGAUAGUAAUCCCACCAAACUGUUAUUGUCCUUAGACAAGAAAGCAAAGCUUAAAUCGGACAAUCCUCAAUGUUCUGACUUUUUCGAUCAAGGAACGAUAGCGUUAUUCGCUGGCGACAGUAAGUGUAAAUUGGUGAGACCCAAAACAAUGCUGAUUCUGUUGGUUGGUGGUGGAGCGACGAUAAAACCAGGCGACUCAGUGAACUUUACAAAUGGCAGUCUAGCUUCGCUGGGAGAAGCCAACACUAAGUUUGUCGCAGGUACAACGGAACUCACCGUUCAAUCACCUCAAAACCCAGUCGUACCAGAAGUCGAAAUUCAAGGGGCAGAAUUUAUCGGUGAGUUGUGCAGUUACUGCCUCUCCAUAUAAAUUGUUGUAUUCCAUUAUGAGGUUUUUGUUCCUUUACCUUUCACUUACAGGAGUGACCAAAGUGAAUUUCUCCUUACAGUAGGGAUACAUUUUCAAGAAGAAAGUUGAUGAGAAGUUAGAAAAUUUUAAGAAGGGGAUGUUGUUUGAAUUUAACGCCAAUUUCUCAGACCUGAAAGUGUAGGGAAUACAUAACAAAGAGUGUGUAGAGUUAACAUUUAUAUUGUAGAUCUGUGAAUGGAAAGGUUAACACACGACUUCCCUUUACAAAAGCCAAGGUAGGAACCAGUCAGGAAACUAAAAUUCCUCGAAUUGAAAACACCAAUACGUAUCUUGUUAUCUCUUAGGACCUUGUGCUAGCCUAGAAAUUGAUACGGAUACAAAGGGCGAUGGCGGCCGACCCAUGACAUAUGAAUGGUAUGUGAAAUCCAAAGCCGGUGCAGAUGCCAAUACAACAUCUGAUAUGACCUCUCUCAAUUCAACUCUCGCCGGCUUAGCAUCCACGACAAGCUUCUUCACCAUUACAAAGGACAACAUUGUCAAGAACGUUGAGUAUGAAAUUGUUUGCAAAGUUACGAACUUCCUUGGAGAGAGUGAUGAAGACACUUUUUCGGUAACCCGCAAGAAUGAAGCCGUCCCAGAGGUCAAGUUGAACUCACUGGGUGAAACAAUGAGUAAAUCGGAAAGACGUUUGAUCCGUGGUAUGUCUUUAACUCCUUAAAUCCUAAGUAUGACUACGGUAUGAUUUCUCCAUACAGUGACACUGCUGAAUAAAACACAAAAGUCUUGAGAAUUAAGGAAGUGAUCUUCAAUUUAAGAAGCUCUUUAUUGUUAAAGAAAUUCUCCUCGUCAGUACCUCAGGAUAUGUAAAGAGAACAGUUAAUAAUAUAUAUUUUAUGGAGCCUGUUAGUUACCACCACCUUUUAAAUAACUAUAAGACUCUUUGUUCCCUGUAUUUUUAAGUAAUCCCUUGUCCGAGCUAGAAAGGGAAUAUUGAAGCAAGGAAACAAGCAAGUGAACGAGCUAGCAAGCAAACAAACUUUGUUACGUGAAACCACCUAAAUUUGUGUAUUGCAUCUUUUUUCUCUCCAGCCUCAGUUAGCUUGCCAGGGUGUAAUGGUUCCGACGCUGGCGGCUUCGCGUACACCUGGGAGUUGAAGGACUCAAGUGAUCAGGCUGCUGAUCUUGGUUCGGAUACAGAUGCCACCAAACCUUAUCUGAAGCUCCUAGGAAGUAACUUAAAAGGUGGCGAGGUAACAAUUCUAUGCUUCAAGUGUCAUGAAAAACUAUUAUAUUUGCUGAAGUGUAAGACUAUACCAGUUUCGACGGUAUUCCCAGAUUAUAAUUGGGCGCUACUAGCAACUGGGCUACGAAGCCACACGCAGGGAGCGAGGCAAAUUUUUAGAGGGUUCUUCUUUCCUGUAGAGCAAUCUGAUCGUGAUUGUGAACUGUAUGCUUCUAAACACAGAAGAUUAAUCCUUUAACUUGUCACAAACUCUUCCUUCAGUCGGGGACAUGCUCUUUGGAGUUGAAGACCAUCUUAAGCAAUGGGCCACACUACUCUUCUCUGCCUAAGCAGAAACCGGAUGAUCUAAUCAGAUUAGCACUGAAGAAGCAGAAAGAAUACUUAAAAGCACGGAGGGCGUAGCAUUGUGCCGAGAAAAAUUGUUAAGUAGUUGAAACACAAAAACAAAACAAAAACAAAACAAAAACAAAACAAAUCUAAAAGAAUAGGUUGAAACAGUGGCUUUAUUCAAUUGCUUAGCGGCAGGAAAGUUUCAGAACUUGUGGUUUUCUAAAGUUGUCGUGUUUUCUGUUUCUUUUGUAGAAUUACACUCUGACAGUAAAUGUAUUCGAUAACGAGAACAUUGAUAUAACCGCUGAAUCGUCUCUCCCCAUUCAAGUGUCGUCGAGUGAAUUGAAGGCGCGAAUUGCUGGUAUGAUAAAUGUAGCUUAUUAUUCAAGCCUGAGAGCCAAACCCGGCUCUCAGCCAUAGUUAUGUAAUUUUUAAGGGACUGACCAUUUUUAUCCCGGGGGGGGUGUGUGUGUGGAGGAUUUGGUUGAGCUCUGUAAUAUUCUUAUGAUCUUCUCUCUCACUGGCAAAUAAUUGACAGUUAAUUUAUAUAGCGCCCCCCCCCCCCUUCGUACUCUGUUGGCGACGGCUGAUUCCCUCUUAGUUUUCCUUACAAAGAUGCGAUUUCCCCUGAAAAAAAUCCUCCAUGUGGAUUCCAUGUUCACGUGGGUCAGUACGGUGAUAUGACAGAUGUCAACUCUGAUCUACUACUGAAUAGACGCACAGCAACAUGAAAUAUUUUUGUAAAAAAGACGCACAGCAUCGAUUUGCUUUGAACAGUGAACUGAAAAAAUGAAAUGACUCACCUACGAAGUUGUCCCUCUCUACUGUUUGUUUCUGUUUCCGCUUAUUUUGUGGCGACCGUCACCGCAUGUUUGAGUGUUCAUGAUGCAUUUAUGAUGUCGUCAGGUGGUGUGUCUUUCGACGUGGGUUAUGAAGAUUUCUUAGUGCUGGAUGGUAGAAAAUCAGAAGACCCAGAUGGAUCCAGCGAUGAAGCUAGGUAUCAAUGGACAUGUAAAGAUUCUGAAGGCGACUGCUUCUACAACAACGACCGUGUUAUUUUGCCCAAGACUGAUGUUGUUAACAAGAGUGUGUCAUCAUUUCUGCAAUCUGGAAAAACGUGAGUUGUGGUUUUUGGUUGAAACUUACCUACCAUUUCAGAUUUUACAAGUCACUUACUAACUGGCGUUUUCCAGCGCCUCAAGCAGCUUGAUAUUACUUCAAGCUCCCAUUGGCUCGGUGUGAUUUUUUCUCUGUUGUGAUUGGCUGUUUUGAUUACCUUAGUUUUGGUUUUAUGACGCUCAAAUCGAAACGCCGCGCUCUCUAUUAACUUAAGAUUCAUCAUUUAUUUGCUGGAAAAUGACAUUAAGAUGGUAAUUAAAAUGUAUAUUUUCGCUGAUAUUUGUUAUUAAACAUUGUAAACUUACAGGUAUACUUUUAAGUUGACAUAUCGUAAAGGUGCCCGAAAAGCAGUAGCCGAAGUCUCGGUUCGAGUGAAGCAGUGCUCCCCACCAAAUGUGAUUAUUCGACCUCAGAAGUCAAACAAGUUGAAUGCUGGAAAAAAAAUAGAAGUUCACGGAAAAGUUAAGGCUUUUGGUAACAAAGUUUCGUUGGACUAUUCCUUUGUGCUCGAAGACGGUAAGUUUACUAUCGUUUAUUCCUUUAAAUUCUUGAACGCGUGAUCCUCUCAAUAUUGGCUGACGAGAUUUGUGAUGAGAAGUAUGAUGGUUUUGAUCGUUCAAAAGUACUCAAGACACCAGUGCUUAGUGGCUCAGCCGCUCCACAAAGUCUAGGAGCGUGAACAACAUUGAGAUGUCGUUUUUCAGCUGAUGAAGACACAAUUGUGAUGUCUUUCUUAACCACUGUAAUGUAGCCUGUAUAGGUGGUGGUUGGGCGAUCGAUGAAGGCAAAUGGGCCAAGUUUGGAAAACAAGAAUGACAGAAUCGUUUCUUUUCCGCUAAAAACCCAAAGAAACAACCUUCUAGUUAAACCAGUCGAGAUUCUUUAGUGUGUUUAGUAAUCUCACAGAAUUUCCUGGGAACAAUUCCCGGUAUUUUGUUUUCGAUAGGGUAUGGGUAUGAGAGCGACGUCUCAGACCUUGUGUCAGUAACUCCUAAACCAGAACUCAGGAGUGCCACUACUCGACUGGAACAGGAUAUUGGAGUGUAUUUCAAAAAGAAUGUCUUUGACUCUGGGAAGUACAGGUUCCGAGUGUCGGCCAACACAACUGCUUGCAGUUCGUAUUCAGAAACAGAGUUCACUGUAAAUGGUCCGCCACUAGUAGGUGGGUACAGUCACAAUUAAUCCGUCUCAGAACAAAAAAAUAAUUGAGGGCGUCUUAUGAAACGCUAGUUUCGAAAUUGAGUUUUGAUAUCAUCUGUGCAAUUUAACUGUAAUUAUAAAAUCCGUAAUUGUUAUGUAAGAAGUUUUGGUAAUGUUAUUAUUUGUUAGUAGAUAUCGUAUCAUAGGUAGUGUGUAUAUUGUAUUAUAUGCAUCUGUAGUUCGUAAGUAAUUACAUUUAAUUACAAACACUUACAAUGUAUCGUAAGUAAUUUAAGUGUAGUGCAAAAUAGGGUUUAAAAAAAUUUUUUUUUGACAUCAUCUCUAUGACUUUCAUAAGAGUACCGUCAAUGCGAAUUGGCGUCGAUUGCCAUAAAAUGAGGUGUGGACUGUGUCUAUGUUAUGUUCUGUGUCAGGUACUUUUGAAGUGACCCCUGCAAGUGGAACAGUCUUGGAUACGGAGUUCACUUUAAGAGCAGAUCAGUUCAGUGACGAUCCAGACGACUAUCCCCUGACCUACCAGUUCGGGUAUUAUGAACUUAUUAACGGGGAGGAAUUUGCUUCCGUCAUAAGUUUACCAAAUCGUCGAAAGAAGAGAAAGGUUACCCUUCCACAAGGUUUGUGAUACGAGAGAGUGCACGGGCAAGUAAAUAUCUCAGCCACAUUGACAACUUUUUGAAGCAUUCACUUUAACAGGGGUUUUUAAGUAACUUUUUGUGCGCGUUUUUAGGAAGCUAUUAUCUCUACUCCCACGGGCAUUUGACCGUCGUCCAUGCCCCGGGGGUGGAGAAUUUGAACACUGUCUGGCUGGGGUAAAGAAUUUGAACUGGAAAAGCCUUCAUGAUUUCGUCUGCAAGGUGUAGUUUCCAAAGCUUGGUAAAUGAAUAGGAAGUCACAGUUGCUGAUUUUGUCUUAGUGUUUUGCCAAAAAAUUGACCAUCAAGACCGGCACUUGGGCAGGGCAUUUGAACACAAUUUUUGCCCCAGGGGGCGGAAUUUGAACAAACCAAUCAUCAAAAGUUCAAAUGCCCGGGGGUUGCCCGGGGGAUGUUUAUGCUUCGAAUUGAUCGGUGCAUCACUUGUUGAAAGUAGUAACUGAAGGUUCCUUACAUUACAUACGUCAUAUUUAGGGCUGAUCUUUUGAUUAAAGAAAAAUGUUUCAAGUAAGAGCUUGAUUUACCUUUUCUUGUUUAGAACAGUCUCUCUUAGUAUUCUGUCACUGUAAACCUUGGCUACUAAUAAAGAGGAUACAGGAAGGAGUCAUCGUUAUGUUUAAAUCUGUUUUGGAUUACAGGCGACGAGAACAACAACAAUACCCUCCGAGUGUUUGUACGGGUUUUUGACAAAUUUGGGGCCAGUGUGAUGACCGAGAAGACUGUUCAGGUUUUGCCUAAAGUGUUUUCACUAGGCGAUCUUCAAGAUUUACAGAACUCUGCAACGAGUCUAGAGGAAAGCGGAGACUUGGAGAAUCAAUUAGGUGAGAUUUUUGUGAUGCUUUUAAGUGACUUCGUUUCUGUUUCUCGUCGCCGAGCAAAGGGAGAUAGGAAAGGACUGGGAGAAGAGAAUAAAGAGAUAAGAAAAAUUAAAAAGAAAGGAAAGGAAAGGAAACGGGAGGGGAGUGGGAAAGGGCAGAUGAACCAAGGAGGACAGGAGAGGGGAGGGAAAAAAAAGGAGAGAGGAGUGGGAAAGAGAAGAGGAGUAGUUCAGAUAAGGUUAGGACAGGACAGUAGGAAAGGGAAAAGGAGAGUGGAACGGGGUUGGACAGGAGUGGGGAGAGAAAGGAAAGGAGAGGGGACUGGUAAAGAGAAGAGUAAAAAGGCAAAGGAGGUUAGGAUAGGACAGUAGGAAAGGGAAGAGGAGGGUGGAACAGAAGUGGAGAGGAGGAGGGGGGAGAGAAAAGAAAGGAGAGGAGAGUAGUAGAGGUGAAGAGGAGGGUGGUACAGCGGAGGACAAGAGGGGGAAGGGCAAAGGAGUGUGGCUUCAGCAAUGUGGAUGAAAGUGUCACAACAGGCGAGAAGCCAAUUUGUUAGCGCGUUUUGUUUGUAGAUUGAAUUUGAUACUUCUGCACCCACGGGAUAGCAAUUUCCGGCCAAGAAGAUUUAGACAGGAGAUAAGUGUUGUUUAACAGGAAUAUUGCUGUUUUAGGUACAAUGAAUACCGUACUGUCUGCUGUCUUAAGCACCGGUGCCAAUGCGAGUGAUGAAGUGAAAGCAUCUCUGAACGCGAUUAAACAGCAAUAUACUCAGAUGGUGAGUAUUGUGUAUGCUUAGUGUAUCAUAUAUCUGGUAAAGCAUGGACCAGGUGAGGACGCUGCAAAUUCAGAACCAGCCAUAUUGGGUUUGUAUUGGCUGCAAAUCUAGUAAACACGGGGGUUAAGUAGGUAGCACGUUGGACUCCUGAUCGAAGGGCGGGUUAGGUUCGAGUCGUGAUAGGGACAAGUUUCUCUAGAGGCAAAACUACUGUCAAUGAGCCUCUUUAAUUUCAGGAGUACGAAUAGAUACUAGGAGGGAAACCUUGUAAAGUCCAAGAGGCAACCCCAGGUAUCCUGUAGGAUAAGCAGUUGUAGCAUUGGACCCCCAGCUGGCAAAUUUCUUUAGGUGCUUUGUUGAUUGUAGUCAUUCUCACGACAGGCUGUUAAUGCGCUGGAAGCGGUUUCGGGCGACAAAGAUGCAGAGAUGAAUGCCUUGUCUACCAUGGGGAAAACAACGGAAGGAGGUGCCGACGCGUUCGAUGACUCCACCAAGAACAAUUUCUUUUCUUUGUUUAAAAAGUUGCACACGAUUGUUUCGUCGCAAUCUAGAAGGAAACGACGAGCGGUUGAGAAUGAGAUUCUCGAUGUGGAUUCACUGACUGGUGAUGAGGUGAGGACUCAAUCAAAGUUUUUCAUCCCGAGUCGAAUGUAACUGUGAAGAUUUCCAUUCUACGUGUGUUUCAGUCGCGUGUUCUUCCAAUGGUUUCGGUGGCUUUGUUUUUAUUUUAGAACGGUUCACUCGUCGAAAGAAGUUUUUUACUUGCUUUUUUUUUCUUUCAACCAACAGUGGAUGCAAUUUUUGGCUUUGAAUUUAUAUACAACUGCGGGCUAGUGCAUGCAAUAUUUUCCAGGUUUUUAACCUCUCUUAAUUCAGAUUUUUGUUGAUCAAACGAAAAAUGAACUCCACCUUCCAUCACACAUUUAGAUUUUCUCUUUAGUUUGCUUCAGACUCAGUACGUAUCUAGAACUCGUUUAGUAAGAGGUUUAUCUCAUCCAGUUUUUUCAUCCUUACUAUUCCCCACACUUUUCAGGCUGAGACCACUCUUAGACCUCCGUCGAACCUCAUCGCUCCAGAUGUCUUCACGCUGGAAGAAUCAACCCGGAAGAGCGACUUCUUAAAUCUCGUAGACUCAAUCGGACUGAAGGUGUGCGCUGGCCAAGGCACCGGCGCUCCGGCUGCGUUCGCUAGAACAAACAUGGUCACUCUGCGCGCUGAAACAUUGAAUUUCGCCGGUAUAGACGACGUUAGCAUAAACAUGGCGUGUUCAGACUGUCCCACGUACGUGAAGCAAACCGCCAAGAUGACUCUGGGAAAGACUCUGGAAGCGACGUACAAGUCUUGGAGCUGUUCGUCUUCAGAAACGUGCAGUGGAGCUUGUAUUCUCUCCACUCAGGUGGGUUUAACUUUCGGUGAUCAAUAUUAAGAAGCUAAUUUCACGACCUCUGCAAUGAAAAUACGAUUAGCUAAUUGGCUAAGAAAUGCACCCACUCUCUGCAUUGCUUUCGAGAAAAAUCAGGUUUCUUUUCGUGUUUCAGGUGUUCUUGGCACGAGGAGAAGAAAAGUAUACACUUGUUUCCAAACCCUUAACUUUCCCUCCGUGUGAAAAUAAAAGUGACAGACUUUUCUUGAACUUGAGAUUUGUAAUUAAUGAUCAAAUAACCUAUUCUAAUACUUGUUGAUUUUCUUUCCCUCCAUACCAGUACCCUGAAGAUCUUUUGUACAAUCAAACUGACUCUUCUCGGCUAACUGAUAUCGUCGAUGUGAAGUUGUAUAACCCAACCACAUUUCGAGAGGUUACCGUCGGGUCUUUAGCUGAGCCGGUUAUGUUCUUGAUUCCGCUGCAACCAGGAAAAGUGUUUCCAAAUGAAAGCACGAAUUCUGCAGAGGUGAGUUUGAAUAGAGUAACAGGAAACAGUCCAGGGGAUAGAGCAAUUUUAAAUGCAUCAUGAAGAGAAAUCCAGGAAUUUUUACGCAGUGGGAUUGGUGUAGAAAACUGGCGCUUAACUUUCAACCAUUCAGAUGCAUUAACCAAUCACGGCUAGGUGACUCGUGUUUCCCGCGCUCUGGGCAGCUUAGAAAUUUUUUUUCUCUGUGUUCUUAUUGGCUUCCCUUGACAUUUUACUUUGCUCUGUUUGACGAAUGUACAUGUAAUUACAUCGGUCUUGGUUUUACAACACCAUUUGGUUCAGAGGCAAUUUAUACGUAGUGCUACAAUUGCGGGCCAGCAAUCCUAAAUACAGGGUCAGAGCAAAGUCUAGAUCCUUGUAAAGUUAUGGAAAUUUGAAAAAUUGUUAUUGCGACUUCGGAAAAAUUCUCUAUUCUCCACAUAGUGGGAACGCUUAUCGCCAUCGGAGAAUUUCAACUGCUUUUAUACUUGCGCCAUGUGAUUUGAAUCAUGACCAUAAGUCUUGGAAAUGAAAAUAAUGGUUUGGAACAAGUCUUUAUGAUUUCCUGAACGUUUUGCUAAAAAAUGCAAACAAGCUCUGAGUCCACGAAAUGGCUUUGGGCUUUGAUAAGUUGGAACCACUCGCUUAUCUGAAGCACGAAACAGAAGAAAUGACUUUCGGAAAGCGCAAAAAAAAAACAUUUCUCUUCCUACAAACAUCAAAAUUUACUAGUGAGCUCAGUAUUGAUGUUGUAGUGAUUCACGCAUUCUGUAUUGUUGCUAUUUAGUGCAAGUUGUGGAGCUCUGGUGAAUCAAACUGGACUACAACUGGAUGUGUAUCAGGUCGUUCCGCUGUGAUAUCAGGUAAUGUGACUUAUGUUGAGUGCAACUGUACGACACUGGGAUACCUAAGUGCGUUUGUUGGCCCAAAGAGGGAAGAAGUUACCACUCCCGCCCCAACCACUGCUGCACCAACUACUGCCGCUUGUGAACUGGAACCAAAGAGCUCAGGUGUCAACGUCAAGUUUGCUUUCAACGUGUCAUAUAGCAGCAUAAUUGGAAACGACAGCCAGAAGGCAGCUGUCGAAGCGAACAUUAUUAAAGCCCUUACUGACUCAUCGAACUUGGAUGAAUGCAGUAUACAGGAUUUCAGCUUGACAGCUGGUAGUAUAGUGGUGGACUUUGUCGCGGUGCCCAAAAAAGGUCAGACCACUGCCAGCAUACUGCAAGAAAUUACCAAGAUUGAAACAAAAGUCAAGGCAGGUACCUUUCAAAUCACACUGCCGAAUGGCCAGGUGAUUUCCGCUGACCAGAGUUCGUUCGAGUCCACCUUAGUAACUACUGUUACUACAACUGCUGCUGUUCCUCCAACUGAAAGUGAAUCCAAUAAUACGACUGUAAUCAUCGUAGCCUGCGUGUGUGGGGGAGUGGCUUUGAUUGUGAUCAUCGCCAUCACUGUGUACUGCUGUAAGAAGAAACGAGGAGCUGGGAAAAUUUCACCCUCCACCUCACCAGACCCUCAGCGUAACAGUCGCGAGGACGUGGAAAUGAACGAGCGGGGUCAAUUUAUUCGGGACAAAGACCAUCCAGGUGAGUUGCUAUGGACGAAGAAAAUAAUUAGGAACAAUUCUUCAUUUAAGAAAUUCAUUACCGUGUAUUCUCUGAAUAAUAUUUCAUCGCUUGUACUUUUCAAACCGUAAGGUUUUAUUCUCCAUUCGUUUUGGAUUGUAUAAAUUCUGUUUGAGCGUCUUUUUUUCCACCCUCAUCAUCCUUCGUUGUCCGUUUUAUCUUGCUUGUCUUGUUGCUUGUUAAGCAAGCUUUGGAUCAGUGCAGAGAGAAAUUGUGCAUGACUAGCUCUCUAUCCAAACCAGCCUAUCAAUGCUUAUCACUUUGUUGAAUCAAAAUAUUGAUUGUUGGCGGUCUCUUUUCUUACCCAGGUGCAAAUAACAACAGAGGAGCCGAUUUCUAGGUCCUUUUUAUACAGUUGAACGAGGUUGGCGGAUACAAGAGCGAUGUCGAUGCAUGAAAUUAAAACUGUUUCUUAUCAAGAAUUCCGGAACCGGCAUGAGGAAGUUCAAAAACAAAACAAACAACUCAGUAUCACUUGUGGUAUACAAACCCAAAUUCUCACCAAGUUUCUAACCAUUUGGCCUGAAAAAAAACUCGGAAAAUUUGGGAUUGAUUUCCAAUGCUGAACAAAAAGUUAUCUGUCGUGAAAUUAGUUGGUAAGGAAAAUUCGUGAUUAAAUUCACAAGCCACAAAAGGCGAAUGAAACCUCAUAAGUAAUGUAAAAUAGUUCACAAUUUAACCUAUGUUAAAUUAUCGUAAAAACGCGUGUGGAGCACGAUAAGUCUAGGCUCGAUAACAAGCCGAUUUUCGAGAAAAUGAAACGGUCCUCCAUCUCUUCCCCCUUAAAAUUUUCCUUUUCCUUGCUCCUUUUUAGGAGGGGUCACUGAAGACCGAACUCAAGACAUCGUUGAAAAUCCAGCCUACGAUAAGUCGGAAUACCUUGUAGAAACUUUUUUUUCUAUUUGAGACAUUCAAAAGUACACCAAAACCCUUUUGCUCAAAUUUUAUUUAUAGCAUGUUGUGAAUUUAUUGCCAGC